UAUCAACUCGGAGUGCUCCUCUUAUGCACAGACUUCGUGCCCUAUGGCAUUCAAGCCAAGCAGCAUCUGACAAACCACCAUUAUCAAUAGAGCAUCAACUUGAAGACUCCGAAGACGCCGUUCUCAUCCCCACUAGACACCUCAUCUCUGAGUAUCAUACUGUAGAUCCUCCAUCUGAAUGGCCCGCUUAGACUGCACUAGGACUCUCCGUCCUCGCAGUUAUUUGUGCAUGCACGUUGUAUAUCGCCUCUGCCAGUUCUUCCGGGCCGCGUGACUCCCAUGGGUUGCGCCAGCCUAACCAGUAUCCAGGCCUCGAAUCCCUCGACGACCUCUCGAAACAGCGAAAGGCCAGCGCCAAUGAUGUACUUCCCGAACGCCAUCGUACGGGCGAACAGAGCCUUACCUGACCAAAUGUAUGCUUCAGGCUCGCACGCUAUGCUGAGCGAGAAUGUAAGCGGAUCUCCUCGACCUGAAGCGACUUGGUCAUUUAUAGUGUUCCAGGACUCAAUGUUCUACCAGUGGCACCUAGGCCAGUCCAAGUUCACCUCUUGCUACAUCGACGGCGUUGUUCCUACUCCCGAAGAUGGUGUUGCGGCCAACAAGUCCUACACUUCGUUUGGCUCCUUUACCGAAAUCCAGAUUUGGAACGUUACCACUCCUGUUGAGGGCAUGAAGAGCCUCAGCUGGAACAUGUGA